CGACGAGUGCCGUUCGCACGCCUGAGGUAAAAAGCUCCCGCAGGAGGGAGCCGCCGCCACCGCCGCCCCGUUUGGCCCUCAAAGGACCCGAGGAAGGAAGGAAGGGCGCGAAGACGAGCCUCUCCCGGCGCCCCCUGCUAGCCAGCCCAGCCCAGCCCAGCCCAGCCCAGCCGGCCCUCUGUCACCGACGCAGCGGCCAUGAGCGACCGCGAGCAGCUGCUGCAGCGAGCCCGCCUGGCCGAGCAGGCGGAGAGAUACGACGACAUGGCCGCGGCCAUGAAAGCGGUAACUGAACUGAAUGAGUCCCUGUCAAAUGAAGACAGAAACUUGUUGUCUGUAGCAUACAAGAAUGUAGUUGGUGCCAGGCGAUCUUCCUGGCGAGUCAUCAGCAGUAUAGAGCAGAAAACAAUGGCUGAUGGGAAUGAGAAGAAGCUGGAAAAGGUGAAAGCGUACAGGGAGAAGAUUGAAAAGGAGCUGGAGACGGUGUGCAAUGAUGUCUUGGCCCUCUUAGAUAAGUUCUUAAUCAAGAACUGCACUGACAUUCAGUAUGAGAGCAAGGUCUUUUAUCUGAAAAUGAAAGGUGAUUACUACCGCUAUUUGGCAGAAGUUGCUACAGGUGAGAAGAAGAACAAUGUUGUGGAAGCAUCAGAGGCUGCUUACAAAGAAGCCUUUGAAAUCAGCAAAGAGCACAUGCAGCCCACCCACCCGAUCAGGCUGGGGUUGGCACUCAACUUCUCAGUGUUCUACUAUGAAAUCCAGAAUGCCCCUGAGCAGGCCUGCCUUCUAGCCAAACAAGCCUUUGAUGACGCCAUUGCAGAGCUGGACACACUCAAUGAGGAUUCCUACAAGGACUCCACUCUUAUCAUGCAGCUACUUCGAGACAACCUCACUCUCUGGACAAGUGACCAGCAGGAUGAGGAAGCAGGGGAGGGCAACAACUAAAUAGCUUUUCACAUCACAGCUUUCCAUCAACUAUCACCUCAUCACCAUCACCAAUACUUCUUUGCCAGAUUCCACAAUGUAUUUAGUGCUAAGCAUAUCUGUAGUGUUGGCACAGCCAUGAGGUCUGCUGGAUGCUGCAUCAGACAGGGCUUCAUGGGCAUUGCUGGACUAAAUGGUGUAUCAGCCCUGUUUACCAUAGUGGCAUAUUAAUUGUGCAGAAAGAAACUUAAAAUGAGGCAUUUUAGUUUCACUUGAUUAAUAUAUGGGUUCAUUAAAUAAUGGGAAGUAAAGAGAACUGAUCAGAAAUCAUGUCUUAAAAUUUUUCAUUUGGAAGGCGUGGAGUGUGUCCAGUGGUACUGCUUGUACAUGCAAAACAAGGAGCACGCUCAUCCCUUUGGCCAAUGGAAAUGCAUAGAAGCAGGUGUGAACUGAUUUUGUCCUACUUUAUGAAAUUUAAAAUGUGAGGUUCUAUAAUGAUCUAUGUUUGCCUCUUAUGUGCACAGGCUUGGUUUCAGGCAAAGCAUCUUGAGGUUUUGAUUUUGAUACCUGCAAGGUCCCCCCUGCCCCCAGUUUUGGCUAAUCAUGAUUUUUCUUUUUGUAAAUUCUUUAGCUGUUCAGUUGUCUGUAAUCUGACAGCACUGUGUCAAUGUUAGCCCAUGUUAUGAUGGAUGAUAAUGAGAUGCCAGACGUCUAAAUUAAGUGUUUUGGAAAUAAAGAAAAUAAACUGCUGCUUUGGGGAGAUAAGCUGUAAGGUG